AAUUGAAAGCGUUCGGCCCGUUGACAAUGACAGUUCUUCUGGUUUUGAUUAAACUUUGUUUAUGACUCAGUUUCAUCGCAUCUAUUUCUUUGAUUCUUUCGGUUUCGCUAUUAAUUCGCAUGUUCUUUUUUUUCUGCUGCUACUGCUGCUGCUGCUGGAUGAUUGUGUAUUCGUUUGAUCAGCGAUAUCACUGAGGCACUCUUUCUUUGCUGUUGUUAAAUACGAUUGAUUGUGCUGAAUUGUUUUUGUGAGUAGUCGAUCGAUUUUGCGCCUCGUACAGGUGUGAAGCUGUUGAUAGACAAACAUUGAACUCGCGACUAUGAUUAACACCACAACGAAGAUCGCUGCUCUAUACAGUUAUCAGUUCGGCGUUGAUACGACUCACUUACAUUUGUUUUUGUCAAAUAGCAAGGAGAUAAUAGCCCUUGUAUUGUAGCGCGUAUACACACACAUUUCCAAAGCCGCACAUUUUUCGUUAGCCACUCAACCAGAUUCGUAUUUUUAGUUGGUUGUAUAACUUGGUGUCAAUUCAACCGCGUUUCCCAUUCUAUCGCUUAAUUCAUAACUUAUUUCAUAUCACCCAUUCCGAGUAGCAAAUGAUUCGAGAGCCAAAAUUCCAAUGACGUACACACAACAACCGAGGCUCCGUAUUUUCGAUGGGUAUUUAUGAAUAUUUGAACAAGAAAAAUGUCCCAGAUAGACAAAGUGUGUAUGGUUUGCGGUGAUAAAGCGCUCGGAUAUAACUUUAAUGCGGUUACAUGUGAGAGUUGUAAGGCCUUCUUCCGACGCAAUGCUCUCUCUAGCAAGGAUUUUUCGUGCCCGUUCAACGAAACCUGCGAAAUUACAGUGGUUACCCGGCGAUUUUGUCAACGAUGUCGCCUACAGAAAUGUUUCAAAAUCGGAAUGCGAAAAGAGUAUAUUAUGACUGAAGAAGAUAAACUGUUAAAACGGAAGAAGGUGGAACAGAACAGAGCCAAACGAAAAUCAAAAGCAUCGGUGAGUAGUGGUGAUGAUAAAAUGAAAAAAGAGCAUGAGAAUCCAUUGAAUGAAUUCUGGGCGCAGGAUAAUUUAAUGGACACAAGCUCACCGGGCAGUUCGAACAGUGAGUGUUUGUCUGUAAGUGGAUUCCAAUCCGUUCCAAGCAUACUGUCAAACAGUUCCAUGAGUCCAACCAGCCCAUCUAGUUAUCCAACAGCACAGAAUUUGCCACAACAAUCACCACCAUUGAAAAUGCCAUAUCAACCAGCUGAAGCAACAGUUGAUGUCAGCACCACCAUAAGUAACACUCCAUCAAACAUCACAAAUUCGAUUACAUCGACUACAAACAACUAUCAAAUGAGUUUUCAAUCGCCACAACGAUUUGAAUGUCCCACAAAAGAUUCGAGCCCAAGUGAUAUUGUGAGCUUUUUCCUCAAUCACCCGAGUGAAUCGAGUAACUAUAUAAACAAUCUGAUGCCUAAUCAAAAAUCAGCAAUGGAAGUUAUCACAAAAAUCAUUCAGUCACAAAAGGAGGCGAUGAGAUUGAUCGGCCAUAUGAUCGGCUCUCCAGGAGAUGCCCUGAAGAUAAUCAACAAAAUCAUGAAUUCACCUUACCAUGCACUCACUGUUUUCACAAAAUUCAUGUCCUCACCAACGGAUGCUCUAGAAAUUAUUGCCAAAUGUGUGAAUUCACCGUCGGAUGUUCUGCAAUUUCUUCAACAACUGAUGACCACACCUGACAAUGCCGUGCAAAUAGUGGAUAAAUUCAUGAAUUCGCCGGGCGAAGCGAUGAAAAUGUUGAAUGACAUGGUCGAUAUUACGAUGGUCGAUUCGACAACAAAAAUGGAAAUCAGUGAAUUGAGCCAUCUCAUGGGCUGUCCAUCUGAGUCGGCUAGUGAAGUAAGACCAACCGAGCUCAUGCCAAAUGACACUGUUACCGAUACAUUAUUUUACACGAAAUCCAUGUCUAGUCCUACCAUUCGAAAUUUGCUGCAAUCUGCCAAUGGCGAAUCAUUACGCCCAAAGACCACACCAACUACAGAACAAUACGGAAAAGAUUCCGAAGACAUGGGUAAUGUGCGGCCAAAUACAUUGGAAUCUAUCAUAAGUGAUGCCAUCAAAAUCGAGUACAAUUGGAAUGGCAUCCGGGAACCAAGCAUCAACCGAGAAUUGAACGAUUCAGAAACGGCCAAACUGAAUGAGUUGAUUGUCGCCUACAAAGCAUUAUUCAUUCCACUGGAUGAGGAUAUAACGCCGUUGGUGCGAGAACGAAAUGAUACUUCAAACAAGACGGAAAAAAAUCCGGAGCAUCCGCAACUGUUGAUGCUUAUCAAUUUGACGGCGAUCGCAAUCAAGCGCCUAAUUAAAAUGGUCAAGAAAAUAAAUGCAUUCAAAAAUAUGUGUCAAGAAGACCAAGUUGCACUGCUGAAAGGAGGUAGCACCGAAAUGAUGAUUCUACGAUCAAUUAUGCAGUAUGAUGUAGACCACAAUACUUGGAAUAUACCGCACAGUCAGGAUAUUAUGUCAUCGAUAAAAAGUGACGUGCUCAAAUUGGCCAAGAACAACGUUUACGAGGAGUAUGACAAGUUCAUACGAACAUUUGAUCCACGUCUUCGACGGGAUGAAAAUAUUAUUCUAAUCAUGAGUGCCAUUGUCCUAUUCACUCCAACCCGUGCAAAAACAGUUCACACCGACGUUAUUAUCCUAGAACAGAAUUCCUAUUAUUAUUUAUUGAGACGAUACUUGGAAAGUAUAUACCCGGGCUGUGAAGCGAAAUCGUUAUUUUUAAAAUUGAUUCAGAAAAUCAAUGAACUGGAAUGCCUUAAAGACGUGAUCAUUUCAAUUUAUUUAGAUGUCAAUCCAAAUCAAGUGCAACCAUUGCUUCGGGAAAUUUUUGAUAUUAAAAACUACUAAGCUAAGCCGAUAGAUUUUUCCAAGAUGUGCCUUUAAAAAGGAGAACUAAGUCAAUGUGUUGAAUCAACCAAAAUUGAAUGGAAAAUGUGUUGUUUUCCUCUAAAUGCAUUUAAAAUAAAUUCUAUACCAAAAGUGUUAUUAUAUACAUAAUAUUAUAUUCUAUAAAGUAUACAUAUGAUUUGAAGAAAAGUGAAGCAUUUUGAUCCCCCCCUCUUUUGUAUACUGUUUAAAGAUGGGAUGGCGAUGAAAUUGCUGUUUAUCUAUUUUAUUAGUCAAAAUGACGUAUAAUAAAAAUGAAAAUAUUUGUAAA